AUGAAGAAGACAAUGCUAAUGAUAAUAAUCAUGAUAAUAAUGAUAAAGGAUAGUCAUAAUGAUGGUAUUGACGAUAAUGUUAGUGAUGAUAACGGCGAUAAUAUUAAUGAUAAAGAUAACGAUGGCAAUGAUGUUAAGAUUAAUGAUUAUCAUGAUGAUAUUGACGAUAAUGAUAGUGAUGAUAACGGUGAUAGUAAUAAUGAUAAAGAUAAUGAUGCCGAUGAUGAUAAUAACACUAUUAUCUUUAACGAAUUUAUGCCACAAAAAUGUGGAGGAACUCAAAAAUUGAUUCACAUUUUGUCAUCAAAUUCAUGCAUUUUAUUAUCAAUUUGA